CUGCCGGGCUGUCCCCCCCGCUGCCGCCUCUCUGCGGCAGAGGUGGCGAAAGCCCUUUGUGUGCAGAAGGAGGCGGGGGCGCCAAGGAGCUGUGGCGCCCACCCCGUCUGUUGGAUGUUUUCCCCCGCCGUCACGCAAGGUGCAGGCGAGCACGGGGGAAACCCCCAGAGCCCCUAACGGGCCGUAACCUCUCGGCCUCCCGGUGCACGCCCGAGCCCCUGGAAAGAGCACGGCGACCCGGUGCGGAUGAGCGGCCGGGUUGGCGCCGCUGUCAUCAGCCAGCGCGCGCUCCCGGGUACCGGGUCGUUCUCCCCCUCGCGCUCGUAUCCCCCGGCGACAUCAAAGUCCUCCGGCGGAACAGCGGCAGCCGCCCCGUGGCACCGGUGCCGCCGGGAUGACCGCCCUGGCAGCACCCGCUAUGCACGGCGCUGGCUGGCCGGGGCCCCGUUGCAUGCUGGGACUUGUAGUCCUCUCCGUGAGUCCUGAAAGGUUACGUGCAAACAACCGCAAAAAGCGAUGAUCCACCCGCAAACGCCUGUGCAUCCUACAGAAGACUGUGAUUUAUCCUUUAAAGCAUAUUUUCCGUUUUAAAGAGCCACCUUUUCGGGCACAGCCCCACCCAGCUCGUUCUGAGGGGGAAGGUACGCGAAGGGCUCCGCGGAGCUGCCAGGACCUUCCCGUCCCGUCACCCCCUGCGCCAAGAUGUCGGCGGCUAUCGCCGCGCUCGCUUCCUACGGCGGUUCCGACUCGGAGCCUGACUCGGAACCCGAGGCUGAGGGUGGCUCACAGCACGCCGCGGUACUGGCCAGCCGUGACGCCGUGCUGCACCUCCGGGCGCCGCCCGCCGCCCCCCCAGCCCUGGCCGUCGACGCGGCCCCGGAAGUGGCCGUGAAGGAAGAUGUGGAAACAGGAGUUCACCUUGAUCCUGCUAUCAAGGAAGUUCAGUAUAAUCCUACUUAUGAUACCAUGUUUGCACCAGAGUUUGGACCUGAAAAUCCAUUUAGGACUCAGCAAAUGGCUGCACCUAGGAAUAUGCUUUCUGGAUAUGCAGAACCAGCUCACAUCAAUGAUUUCAUGUUUGAACAACAAAGAAGAACAUUUGCAACCUAUGGUUAUGCGUUAGACCCCUCCAUAGAUAACCCUGAAGUUGCUACCAAAUAUAUUGGUUCUGUAGAAGAAGCUGAAAAAAAUCAAGGUUUGACAGUGUUUGAAACAGGACAAAGGAAAAUUGAAAAAAGGAAGAAAUUCAAGGAGAAUGAUGCAUCUAAUAUUGAUGGGUUUCUGGGACCAUGGGCAAAGUAUGUUGAUGAAAAAGAAGUAGCCAAGCCAUCAGAAGAAGAACAGAAGGAGUUGGAUGAAAUAACAGCUAAGCGUCAGAAGAGAGGAAAAGUAGAAGAUGAUAAACCUGGAGAGGAGAAGACUAUAUUACAUGUUAAGGAAAUGUAUGACUAUCAGGGAAGAUCUUAUCUUCAUGUCCCUCAAGAUGUUGGAGUUAAUCUUCGUUCUACAGUACCACCUGAGAAGUGCUAUCUUCCAAAGAAACAAAUCCAUGUGUGGUCUGGACACACAAAGGGUGUCAGUGCAGUUAGAUUAUUUCCCCUCUCUGGGCAUAUACUCUUGUCUUGCUCUAUGGAUUGCAAAAUUAAGCUGUGGGAAGUGUACGGUGAUCGAAGGUGUCUACGGACAUUUAUUGGACAUAGUAAAGCUGUUCGAGACAUCUGUUUUAAUAAUGCUGGCACUCAGUUUCUUAGUGCUGCGUAUGACCGCUAUCUUAAACUCUGGGACACUGAAACAGGGCAAUGUAUUUCAAGAUUCACAAACCGGAAGGUUCCUUAUUGUGUCAAGUUCAAUCCUGAUGAAGAUAAACAAAAUCUCUUUGUUGCCGGAAUGUCAGAUAAGAAAAUUGUGCAGUGGGAUAUUCGAAGUGGUGAGAUUGUUCAGGAAUAUGAUAGGCAUUUGGGAGCUGUCAACACCAUUGUGUUUGUGGAUGAAAAUAGAAGGUUUGUGAGUACAUCUGAUGACAAGAGUUUAAGAGUCUGGGAAUGGGACAUUCCUGUAGACUUCAAGUACAUAGCUGAACCCAGUAUGCAUUCGAUGCCAGCCGUGACCUUGUCUCCAAAUGGGAAAUGGUUGGCUUGCCAGUCAAUGGAUAACCAAAUUCUGAUUUUUGGAGCUCAGAACAGAUUCAGAUUAAACAAAAAGAAAAUUUUCAAAGGUCAUAUGGUAGCUGGCUAUGCUUGUCAAGUUGAUUUUUCACCUGACAUGAGCUACGUGAUAUCUGGAGAUGCAGAUGGGAAGCUUAACAUCUGGGACUGGAAGACAACAAAACUCUACAGCAGAUUAAAAGCACAUGACAAAGUCUGUAUCGGUGCAGUGUGGCAUCCACACGAAACAUCUAAAGUCAUUACAUGUGGCUGGGAUGGUCUUAUUAAACUAUGGGACUAAAGGGGAUGCUAUGAAGAUCUAAAGAUAAGUCUUACCUACAUCUGAGAUUAGAGUGAAAAUUGCUGUAAGGAUGAGCAAACAUUUGUAAUGCUGCAGUUCUCAGCUAGCUGUAUAUAUGCACAAAACCUGGGAAAUCCGUAGAAGGCACGACUGAAAGGAUGUAGUUUGAAAUAUGACCUCCCAGUGUGAGAAGCUGAGGUCACCUGAAGCAUGCAGAAUCAAGUGUUAGUUUGUCAUGUCACUUCUUGUGCAAAACACUCUUGUAAAAUAAAAUGAUUUUAAGAAAAACUGGUUUUGUGGUUCUGGCUGUCAGCAGUGUAGGAAGUUAAAGGAGAAAGCCAGAAAUUAUGUAACUCUCUUCCUAAGAAGACAUCUUUGGUAACUACUGCAAAAUAGAGCUGGAAAAGGUGCAUGUUUAUCUGCUUUUGGGUGAUAUUUUCUUGUCCCAAUUCUCAUUAGAAAUGAAGAACUAAUCAGAAGCUAACAGCUGUCAGAUAAACUGUAUCAAUUGAAGACUAUUCAUGAACUCCUAUUUUCUAUCUUUAUUUAACAAUAGCAUCACACUGAACACUGAGUUUCAUCUUUACAAGUACUUCUCACUUUCAAGAUUUUGCUUGUAAUAGUGGUGUGUUGUGUUGUUUUUCCUCUUCUCAUAUGCUGUUAGGUUCCAGUAAGCAUGACAUAUUAAAAAAAAAAGUGAAUGCCUCUUGUUCAGUUUGGAAUACACUGUAUUAUAAGUCCCAUAAAAUUUUUGACAAUUUCCUGUAUAUACAUGUCACUCUUUUUCUCUUUAAAGAACUUAUUUUUAAUAAAUCUUUU